GAAAAGGGGGCAUCCGGGAGUGCAGGACGAGCUGCCCGCGGCAGGAGAGAGAAGGGAGGAGAGAGGUGAGGCGCUGGAAGGGGUGGGGACGGCUGGGCUGGCCCAGGCGGGACCGUGCACCCUGUGUGCGCGCGGCGUUGAAAUGCCCUGCACGUCGGGGCAGCGGGACAGAGCUCAGGGCGCCCAGGGAGUCUGCGAGUGCCUCGAUCCUCCUGCUGGAACCAUGACAGAGAACUCCGACAAAGUUCCCAUUGCCCUGGUGGGACCUGAUGACGUGGAAUUCUGCAGCCCCCCGGUGAGUACCGCCAGGGAUUCCACACGCAGGGCCCGGGGUGAGUAUCUGGUUCCACAGUUCCGACUCAGGGAUGCGUGCCACCGAAUGAGUAUGUUGGCGGGGGGAAUAAAUUUGGGUUCCAAAUGUGUGCGUGGGGUGUCGCCCCACGCGUAUGAGUGUGCAGGGGGCACGGCAUCCACAGGCGGGUACGGAGGGGCGUCCCGUGGCCGAUGGAGGGUGCAGGUCCUGGGGCGAAGGCCCCGCGCUGCGAGUGCCAGGUCCCUUCCCCUCUUCCACACACCCCACACAUCUCAUAACAAAAUGCCCUACAGCACCAUGGGCCUGCCCCAUAGAGUCGUUCAGGGAAUAAGCCCUGAAUUGCUCAAAAAAGAAAACAUCACUAACUCUUAUGCUCACUUUCAGAUUUACAAUGUCCAUUACACCAUGAGUAUCAAUGGGAAAUUACAAGAUGGGUCAAUGGAAAUAGACGCUGGGAACAACUUGGAGACCUUUAAAAUGGGAAGUGGAGCUGAAGAAGCAAUUGAAGUUAAUGAUUUCCAGAAUGGCAUCACAGGAAUUCGUUUUGCUGGAGGAGAGAAGUGCUACAUUAAAGCGCAAGUGAAGGCUCGUAUUCCUGAGGUGGGCGCCGUAACCAAACAGAGCAUCUCCUCCGAACUGGAAGGCAAGAUCAUGCCAGUCAAAUAUGAAGAAAAUUCUCUUAUCUGGGUGGCUGUAGAUCAGCCUGUGAAGGACAACAGCUUCUUGAGUUCUAAGGUCUUAGAACUCUGCGGCGACCUUCCUAUUUUCUGGCUUAAACCAACCUAUCCAAAAGAAAUCCAGAGGGAAAGAAGAGAAGUGGUAAGAAAAAUUGUUCCAACUACCACUAAAAGACCACACAAUGGACCACAGGGCAACCCAGGCGCUGGAAGACUGAAUAAUGAAACCAGACCCAGCAUUCAAGAGGACUCACAAGCCUUCAAUCCCGAUAAUCCUUAUCACCAGCAGGAAGGGGAAAGCAUGACAUUCGACCCUAGACUGGAUCACGAAGGAAUCUGUUGUAUAGAAUGUAGGCGGAGCUACACCCACUGCCAGAAGAUCUGUGAACCCCUGGGGGGCUAUUACCCAUGGCCUUAUAAUUAUCAAGGUUGCCGUUCGGCCUGCAGAGUCAUCAUGCCUUGUAGCUGGUGGGUGGCCCGCAUCUUGGGCAUGGUGUGAAAUCACUUCAUGUAUCAUGUGCUGUAAAAUAAGAACUAGCUGAAGAGACAACCAAAGAAGCAUAAGGCAUGCUGAUGCUGAUGGGACCACAAAAUAUUUUUACACUCUGAGCGGUUAUUCUUGACACUCUUAACAGAAUUUUUUCCAGAACUUUAGUAUGUGCAAAUGUACUGAAAGGGUAGUUCAAGUCUAAAAUGCCAUAACCCCUUUAUUAUUUGUCAUUUUUUGCUUUGCUUUGCCAUAAGUCUUCCCUUGCUUAUAUCUUCCAAAGCUAUUUUGAAAUAAACAUGAAAAUUUACAAUUUG